AUGGCAGGACUCGCAACACAAGCCUUCGAUUCUCUACCACCUCACCAGAAGAGCUUUCUUCGCUCUCUGCCAAAGGCCGAAUUGCACGCACACCUCAAUGGCUGCAUACCCCUCGAUUGUUUGAUUAAACUCGCUCUGGACGCGUCAAAGAGUGAUGGACCCCAGCCUCCCUUGGUUCGAGAGGCUCUCCAGAUUCUAAAAGCAGGUCUCAACCUGAAUCGGAUAGAGGAUGGCUUCAAGUUGUUCCCAGCCAUUUACCAUAUCACAUCGACACCAAAAGCUAUUGCGUUGGCAACAUCGGCUGUACUGGAUUUUUUCCUUGAGCCGACCUCACCAGGUGUCCCCCCUCAAUGUGUAUAUAUGGAGCUUAGAACGACACCUCGGUCGACGCCGCACAUGUCCCGGAAAGAAUAUCUCUCAGUUGUUUUAGGAGAAGUCGUAAAGCGAGGUGGCAAAGCAUCUCUGAUCGUGAGCAUUGAUCGCCGGAUGUCCCCACAGGAUGUAGCGGAGUGCAUUAGCCUUGCGAUUCACUUUCGUAAUUCUGGUCAACCUAUUGUUGGAAUCGACCUCUGUGGAAAUCCUUUGUCCGGUAAUAUGAAAGCGUUCCAUACGCUCAUGGACGCAGCUCGUGACGCCCAGCUCCCGUUGACCGCCCACAUCGCUGAGUCAGAGAGGAACACGGCGCAAGAUACCGCCGAAAUACUUUCAUGGAGCCCUAGGCGACUGGGACACGCCACAUUCUUAGAUGCUGAUGCGGUGCUUAAAGUUUCCCGGGAGAAGAUACCCAUUGAAAUAUGCCUGUCAUCGAACCUCGUUUCAAAGACAGUCGAGAGUCUUUCGGCUCAUCACCUUCGUUCUUGGUUGGAACUCGGUCACCCUGUCAUCAUUUGUACCGAUGACACCUUGCUGUUUAAGACAAACCUCGUAGCUGAAUACGCCUUGCUUCUGGCGCGGCCGCCUUUGGGACUCGGAUUCGAAGAAGAAGAGAUACGACGGAUCGCUCAGAUGGGGUUCAGAUACCGGUUCCACGAAAGUAGGAAAACGUGGAAUGCGGUGCAAAAAAUUGCGAGGUUCAAAAACUAA